CCACGUCGGUAGGCAGCAGCGCGACGGCGCAGACUCUCGGCCGGCCCCACAAGGCGCAGGGCGCCCUGGGCGCGCUGGAGCGCCGGCUGCUCUGCCGCCUGGAGGCCUCGGAGCGGCGCUUCGAGGCGCAGCGGUCCGCCGAGGGCGCCCGGCAGCGGGCCUGGAGGGACGGCAUCGCGCAGCGCCUGGCCGCCGUCGAGCAGCGCCUGGAGAGCGUCCGGGGCGUGGGGCCGCUGGUGGAGCAGGUCGCUCGGGUCAUGCCCGACGUCCAGCGCCUGCAGGACUCGUGUGACAGGGUCCUCGCCGACAGGGCCGCGUUCGACUCGUGGCAACGGCGGCUGGCAGCCUGCGAGGGCGCGGCGCGCCGCGCCAGCGACGCCGAUCGGCGGGUGGACGAGCUGUGGGCGCUGGUCGAGCAGACCGCUGGCGAGCAGGGCAGGGUGCUGAGCGAGUGCGUGGGCGAGGUCGAGCUCGGCAUGAGCCGGCUCUGCGCCGUGGAGGGCUCCGUCCAGGCCCUGAGCGAGUGCGUGGGCGAGGUCGAGCUGGGCAUGAGCCGGCUCUGCGCCGUGGAGGACUCCGUCGAGAGGCUCGACCACGGCUGGCGGGCCGCCUGGGGCCGCCACCGGCGGCGAGACCAGCACGACGUCGACGGCCUGCUGGAGGGCCUCCACCGGCGGCUGCAGGAGGCGGACGCCCGGCACCAGCACGAGUUCGAGCGCAUGCGCCAGCACCUGCAGCACCGCUUCGCCGACCUCGCGGGCAGGCUCCCCGGCGCCGACG